AUGUUACGUUUAAUUAAUAAAACUAUAAAUAAAAAUGAUUUAAUUAAAAUAAAUAAUAGCAAAAGAUUUUGUUCGACAACAACAAAUUCUACAAUAAAUAAAGAUAAUAUUUAUGAUAUAAUUAUUAUUGGUGGUGGAUUAGUUGGAUCAACUAUGGCAUGUUCAAUUGGUAAUAAUAAUACAACUAAACAUUUAAAAGUUGCAUUAAUUGAAUCAUCAAAAAUUCAAACUGUUGAACAAUCCAUUUCAAAUGCAAUACCAGAAAUUAGAACUAUAUCAUUCAAUAAUCAAACCAUUGAAUUAUUUAAAUCAAUAAAUGUUUGGGAUACAAUAAAAUCAACUAAAAGAGUUAACCCAUUCAAUCAAGUUAGAGUUUGGGAUACAAGUGGAUUUGAAGGUAUUCAUUUUCAAGAUAAUGAUAUAAUUGAUGAUGGUAACAAUACUACAGCAAUGGGAUAUAUAAUUGAAAAUAAUAUUGUAACAUCAUCAUUAUUAUCAAAAGUUAAACAAUUUGAAAAUAUUGAAUUAUUUGAACAAUUAUCAGUUAAAUCUAUGAAUGAUUAUAAUGAAGAAACUAUUAGAACUACAAGUAUUUUACCAAGUGUAACAUUAUCAAAUGAUCAACAACUACAUGCUAAAUUAAUCAUUGGUGCUGAUGGUGGUAAUUCAAUAUUAAAAAAACAAUUACAAGUACCAUCAAUUGGUAGAGUUUAUAAUCAAAAAGCUGUAGUUUGUACAUUAAAAUUAGGUAUUAAACAAGAUAAUAAUAACAAUAGCAGCAAUAAUAAUAAUAAUAAUAAUAAUACAUUAUUUCAAAGAUUUUUACCAACUGGUCCAAUUGCUUUAUUACCAUUAGCAAAUGGUUAUGCUAAUAUUAUUUGGUCAACAAAUUUAAUGCAUGCUCAAUAUUUAUUAGAAUUAGAUGAUGAAUCAUUUCUUGAACAAGUUAAAGAUUCAUUCUUAAAAUCACCAUCAACUUCAAAUUCAAGUUUCUUUGAAAUCGCUUCAAAUUUAUUCAAUUUAAAUCCAAAAGGAUUAAGUGGUAAUGAAAUUUAUUUACCACCAAUCGAGGGUUUGGUAUCGAAAAGAGCUUCUUUCCCAUUAAGAAUUGAUCAUACUUUUAAUUAUACAUUACCAAGAGUUUGUUUCAUUGGUGAUGCUUCACAUUUAGUCCAUCCAAUGGCUGGUCAAGGCGUAAAUUUAGGUAUGGCAGAUGUUAAAACUCUCUCUAGUAUAAUCGAACAAUCGGUUCAAUCUGGUUAUGAUAUCGGUGAUGCUAUGAUGUUAAAAAGGUUUGAAGAAAUUAGAAAACCUGAAAAUCUUAAAAUGUUACUCUCUAUUGAUACUCUCUUCAAUUUAUUCACAAAUAAUUCAAUAUUUGUAACUGGUUUAAGAAAUUUUGGAAUGUCCUUAUUAAAUAAUAUUUCACCUCUUAAAAAUUUAAUUAUUGGUGUUUCAAAAGGUGAAUCAAUUUUAAAAUUUAAAUAA